AUGGAAUAUGCCGCAGUCAAAGCACUUGAUAUGAAUGUGCAUUGUAUACCGAAGUCAUGUACUGAUAGUGCUCUCUCAUUUCUUCGAUCACCAUUCGGACAACGUUUGAAAAAUCGAGAUACAUUUCGUAUUGUUACCGACAUGAAUCGUGAAAAUGAAGCCUCCCAUACUCAUAAGCCUCCAUUGAAUGUACUUGCAGGAUAUAUUUCGCCCACACAUAACUCAUAUGUCCAUAAUAAAUUAGGCGACACUGCGUGGAUUCCCGCUAAGGAUCGAUGCCAACUUUGUGAAGAAGCCAUUGAUAUUGAAGGUUCAGCAGUAUCAUCUUGGAUGAGUGUUUCUCGUGGUGAAAGUGAAUGGGCUAAUGGAUUUGUGGAUUUUGGUCCUGUCACUGAAAAUCUUCGUGAUUUUCUUACUAUGAAACUUGUCCAGCAAGAAAAACUUCUUAAAUAUCCAUUGCGUGUUGUUUAUGUUUGUGGAUUAGAUCAUUUUAAUAAAUGUCUUUAUGUUCAACUCAUGGCACAACAAAAUAACAUAUUAUGUGCCGUAGUCUAUCGUCAUGGGUAUGGCGAAGAACAUAUUAAUCAAUCAGACAAAACAUCAGGAAUCAUUUACAUUCCAUUAUCAAAGGAACGUGAAACAAUGACGGAGAUAAGUUCACCAGAAAUUCGAGAAUAUUUUCAAAAUCCAACCAUCAAGAACUCAAAUGUUGAACAAAAUAUUCAUGCCAAUGUUCGUGAAUACAUGAGAAAAAAAAUAUGGAAAAAAAUAAUCUACAAUCAUUAUUGUUUGUUAAAUCUUCAUCAAAAGCCGAAAAGUUUAAUUUUUAGUAUUUGA